AUGGAGACAAACUUGAAGACUUAUUUGUCAGUGAAAAAUCGUGAAUCUAAAGAGUAUUUGCUUACUCGUUUUAGUAGAUGUGCAUAUGCUCCUACUAUUGAGUUGUUUAAUGAGUUAUUUGAAGAAUUUAAGGGUCGUUGUGGUCGUAGUGUUGAGAAGUUUCUUGAGAAUUUGCCUAAUGAGUGUUGGUGUAACGCUUAUUUUCAAGGCAAGAGGUAUGGUGAAAUGUGCACAAAUGCUGCGAAAUCUUUUAAUUCAUGGAUUAGGGAUGAAUGCCAUUUGUUUUUAACUAGUCUUGUUGAUGUUAUACGGGUGAAACUAAUGGAGCAAUUUUCAAGAAGGAGAGAAUUUGGGAAUAAGUGGAAUCUUAUGAUUGAUAUUGGGAAACGUUGUUGUUCUUGUCGAUUGUGGGAAAUUGAUUGUUUGCCUUGCAAACAUGGUUUUUAUGCUAUAAAGAGGAGUGAGAAGGAUUUGAAUUGCUUUCUUGAUGAUUACUACUGUGUUAGUAGUUAUUGUGAUUCUUAUUCACAUUCUAUCUAUCCAGUUCCUAGUAUGUGGAAGCCAAAUGUAGUUGUUGAUGAUGACGUUGUUUUACCUCCUCUUUGUAAGAGACCAGCUGGACGUCCAAGAACGGAGAGAAUACCUUCUAAGGGUGAAAUCAAGAGAAUUAGAUACAGUAGGUGUGAAAAGAUGAGAACUCAUAAUCAGAAGACAUGUAAACAAGCUUUGCUUUAG